UGGUUGGUUACUUUUUGAAGUUUAAACUUGUACGAGAAUUUAUUUAUAUUCUGAAUUAACUUGUCCGCCCGAGACCAUUUAUUUUAUAUUUAGAAUAGGCUAUUUAGAUUAUUCGGGAAAUACAAAAAUGUGAUUAGGCCUAUAUGAAACCAGUUUUCAUUCGGUUGGCAUCAAAAAUAUAUUUCGGUCGAAAGUAAAAAAAUCAUAUUAAUAUUCAGGAUCUGCCUUGAAAACCAUCAUAGGCAUUUGGCAUUAAGUUAUAACAUAACUCAAAAAGUGGCCAAAAUGGAUCAAUCAAAUUUUCUCAUUGACUUCAGUAGUCCAGCUCACAAGAAUGAUUUAGCUCUUCCCCUCAUACCAAUUCCGCCUCAAAUGACUUUAGCUCCAAAAGCACUCGAUGAACCAUUUGCUGAUCCCUUUGAAGUGCAAGAAGUUGCCGCACCUGACCCAUUUGAGUGUGUGUUACAAGCCGCCGCGAAUAAUUCCAUCAGUGAGCAAACAGCAGCAAAAGAGUCAGAUGUUUCUCUUAACAUCAAAGAUGAACUAAUCAAAAGUCCUAAAAAUGGUGAAAAUACCAACAGUGUAAAGUCCCCUGAUGUCAAACAUAAUGAAAAACUAGUGGAACCAGUGUUUAGUUUCCUCCCCAAUAUUGAAUUGAAUAAAACCUCCAUAGCCAAUCAUGAAGCAACCAGCAGGAAUGAAAUUCCUAAUGAUAAUAAAGUUCCUGAAAGUAUCCAGGGUAACAACGUAAUUCCAAAGAGUGCUCAAGACUUGACGAAAGACUCUUCAAAAUUGUCAGCUGCAAUAGAAAGUGACAGCAAGUCUCAUAUAUCAACUGAUUUUUCCACGGAAGAAAGUUUGAAAGAGGUUAUUGCUAAAAGAGUUAACAGAUGUAUUCAGGACACACUCAAUGGCAGCGUAAAAAAUUCAAUGUUUAACAAACAACAAAACAAAAGAUCACUGUCUUUCAUUGGAUUAUCUUCUGCGCCUAACAAGGAGUUUGAUAGGCUAAACAAAAGCUGUACAGAUGCUAUCAAUACUACAAAUUUGGAUGACCUAAAUAUCGAUGCAUCAAGUGAUAAUUCCGGUUUUGGAAUUUUAAGCCCAAACUCUACUGAAGUAUCGUUGGAAUCAAAUGUUGAAGACAAAGUGUUCAAAGAAGCUCAUAAACUAUCUCGCACAUUCAGUAAACUUGCAGAAAGUUUUAGAAGAGACCAAGAAUCAGACUCCGACAGUGAGGACCUGUUUUCUUGCAAGCCCCGGUGGUACGCUGAUAGCAGCGAAGAUGAAGAAGAAAAACUACGGAAGGACCCCACGCUGAACUUCCGCCGGCGCAGUGAUGGAGUAACAUGCAGUUCACCUGCGCCUGCGCCAUGUACUAGAGUGUUGUCGGACUCACCGGCGCUUCUGGCAUACAAGUCUCGGCGCUCACUUACUCACGUGCAGACUGAACUGGAUUACACACAGGAAGAGGUUACAAUGAAGAGGAGUGUUUCUAUGGGAUCUCACCUCAAAGAAGUCACAGUUAUUCCUCCUCUUGUAGCGGCAGGCCCGAUCAACAUCAUGAAAAAUGAAGCCCAGCCAAUUAAACUGAGAAAGAAGUUUGGUGGAGAUACAAAAAAAGGACCAUUGAAAGCUGUGAUGCCAGUUCAGAAUAUGACGAAGGAACCAUUCACAAUGUCUGGAAAAUUAUCAAAGAAAGACAGCUCGCCCGAGACGAGAAUGCCAAGAUCAUCAGCCCAUGCUUUGCGUACUCCUGUUAAGGACAACAGUCAGUUGAACAUCACACCAAUGGCGAGCUCGACUCCCAACAAAGCAGAAAUCUUUGGGGAAUCAAAGAUAAACGACAGCUUGUCUACGGCAACUAACAAGCGGCACUCGCUGGAGGGCAGCUUUGCGAAUCACAAGAGCCGAGGAGUGUUGCCCGAGGCAGGUGCAAGGCCGAGAUCUAACUCCGCCAGCUCCAGCAUUCCUCGUGUGAUGCAGGUCAAGCCACUCAGAGGUCUGGCUCAGGCUCCCAAGUCUACCUCUAACCUCUCUAGCACUCAGAUGACUGCAAAUAAAGUUCCCGAGAAGAAGAAAACAUCACAACCCAAGUCUAGCAUCAACAGUCGAGUUCUCGCUGAUGUAAAGACUAAGUCUCCAAGACAGAGCAAAGUCAGAACUGCUGUUAACACAUUAUCUAAUUUAGUCAAGGGCAAGAAGACUGCAGUUCGAGACAAGGAGAACAGAGUACCACAUUAGGAGUGUGUCAUUAGCUGUAUUUUGAUAUUUAACAUGCAUUGACUGUUCUUCAGUGCAUUUACUACUUGUAUUGCUCUCUCUAUAUGAUUCUAGUGAAUUUAAAUAUAUAUAUAUUUGUAUUUCAGAGCUUUUCGCUCAAUAAA